AAGAAGAAAGAACGUUGUGUGGCUGGUGGCCACUAUUCCUAGUGGUGGAAGAAGAAGAAGAAAGAACGUUGCCUUUGUCGCGUAUGGUACCAUGAUGUCCUCCACGAAAGUAAAGCCUAAGGUCAACGUCGACGAGGAUUCAAGAAGAUGCGGGCUGCCCUGUGUGUUCUUCCUGUUGUCCAGUGCCGUUAUCUUACACGUUAUCUACACAACUUCCUUCAGUGAAAUUUGGGAGACACCCAGCAUCCCUGAACUGCGUGACACCGAUGAAACUCCAUUUCCGGCUGAGAAUGUCACCAUUCCAGCAGCACUGAUGGGUCCAACCGUUACGGCGUCUUGCUCAGCUGAUCGAGUUCAUACGUUGUUCUUCUUCCACACGGAUGCUUCGCAUAGGAAACGCAGAGACCUGUAUCGGAAAACAUCGCUGCAUGAAAACCUGAAACGGCGCUUCCAUUGGGAGGCCGUGUACUUCGUCGCGCUCCGGAACAACAGCACAUUGCAGCAGCACCUUUUGCAAGAAGGCGAGAAAUACGGCGACAUAGUCCAGCUGCAAUACGAUGAGGCAAUAUCCGAAUCAAGAUGAAGACCCUGCGACCAAACUUGACUUAUGACGCUAGGGGUCUGCCUUCCUUCAUUUCGCUUCUCCAUCCGUAUAACGAAAGCAAGUUUUUGACCUUAUGGAAAGAUGCGUCGCAGAGUAUUAAGUAAACAAUAAACUAGUAUGCGAAUUACA